AUGAAAAGCACAGUCGGAUGGAGUAUUGGCAAUGUAUUACUGGACUUUACUGGUGGUGUUCUGAGCAUUCUACAAAUUUUCGUUGUAGCCUAUAACGAUGAUGACUGGAGCAGUGUGGCUGGAGCAACAGGUAAAUUGGGAUUGGGUCUAUGCACCAUUGGAUUUGAUGUGCUCUUCAUGGUGCAACAUUUUAUUCUGUACCGGUCAACCUCUCCGGAACCGACUUCAUAUCGAUUUGUUCGGCAAAGAAACAAGGAUGACAUUGUGUACACCAGUUUGUUAGGUACGCCAGAAUGCAGUAACAAUGACACCGAAAAGGAAACAGUACCGUGA